AUGACAAUAACACUGCUAAUUGGAUGCAAUCAAAAAGCGAAUGCGCCGGAGACCACUCAAGCGACAUCGCUCACUGGGACGAUUGUUGAAAUCGACGACCAUGGCAAUGCUGGCACCGAUCUCUACAUCGCUCCAUUUACUGAACGCGGUUGGAAACUUGGGGAUACACUUGAGGCGACAUUUGCAACAGGUCAGAAAAUUCAGAUCAAAUUCGUUGAAAACUAUGGAGAUGUUCCUGAAGGGGAAUACUUGGGACGGUUUUCGACGUCUACCAAGCAGUUCAAGAUUGCGAUUAACAUGGGAAACAUCUCUAAAACUUUAGAGUUGAAGAACCAGAGCAAGGUGGUUCUUCAGAAAGUCGAGGCACCCUCAACAAAUUAA